UUUACAUUUUGAAGAGCAGUUGGCACGUGGACCGUGGAUUGUGGAUUAUUACCUAACACAGAGCUCCAUUUUCAUAAAAACUAGUAUUCCAGUUUCUCCUCUUGUGGAAAUUAUUCAAUAUUGUUUACCAUCUCUGAGUAUGGCUGAUGCAAUUGUUAAUCUUGCCUUGGAGCAGCUGGUUCAAAUCACUGCUAAAAAGAUAACGGAAGGGGUGAGGCUUGUUGGUAAUGUCGAAAAUGAAGUAGAAAAACUUCGGAGUAAUCUUGAAGCCAUUCAAGCUGUGCUACUGGAUGCAGAGGAGAGGCAAAUGAAAGGCGACAGAGCUGUGAGACGUUGGUUAGAUCAGCUCAAAGACACAUCCUACGACAUGGAAGAUGUGUUGGAUGAGUGGAAUACUGAAAUCAUGAAGUUGCAGGUUGAAGGAGAUCUUAAAGAUGCUCCUGCUCCUAAGCAGAAGGUGCCUUCCUUCUUCCUCUGUUCUUGCUUUGGUAUCAAACAAGUUGUUUUGCGUCGUGAUAUAGCACAAAAGAUAAAAGAAUUAAAUAAAAAACUAGAUAUUAUUGCUAAAGAAAAAGAUACAUACAAUUUCAAGGAAAUGAAGAGUAUUGAAGCACCCGAACGAGUUCAAACUACAUCUUUAGUUGAUGUGGCUGAAAUAUAUGGUCGAGAAUUUGAGAAGAAUUCUUUGGUGAGUAAGUUGUUAGAUGACGGAAAUGAAAAACAAAAAGACCUUCUUGUUAUCUCAGUUAUAGGGAUAGGAGGAAUUGGAAAAACAACACUUACACAACUAGUUUACAAUAAUGACAUGGUCAAAAGUCAUUUUGACACAAGAGUUUGGGUGUGUGUAUCAGAUCGUUUUGAUGAGUUUAGGGUUGCCAAAGCAAUCAUUGAAGGAUUAAAAUGUCGUACCGAUAAUUUAGUCGAACUGGAGUCUCUUUUGCAAUGUAUUUAUCAAUGUAUUUCUGGCAAAAAAUUUCUUCUUAUUUUAGAUGAUGUGUGGUCAGAAGAUUACGAUAAAUGGAAACAAUUUUAUUAUUGUCUAAAGAAUGGCUCCCAUGGUAGUAAAGUUUUGAUUACAACAAGGAAAUAUACAGUUGCAUCUAUUAUGGGAUCAGUUGAUCCUAUUAUUAUGGAGAAAUUAUCUGAAGAGGAAUGUUGGUUGUUGUUUAGACAAUUUGCACUUUUUGGUAGGCCUCCUAAAGAGUGUGAAAAAUUAGAGGAAAUUGGAAGAGAAAUUGUUGCAAAGUGCAAGGGCUUACCGCUUGCUGCAAAAACUCUUGGCAGUCUCUUGCGAUUUAAGAGAACUAGAGAUGAAUGGCAACGAAUUUUAGAUAGUAAAAUUUGGAAACUAGAAGAGAUUAAGAAAGAUCUUUUCUUACCUUUGAUGUUGAGUUAUAAUGAUUUGUCAUCCGUGAUAAAACAAUGUUUUUCAUAUUGUGCUAUCUUUCCAAAAGAUCAUAAUAUAAAGAAGGAUCACUUGAUCAAAUUAUGGAUGGCUCAAGGUCAUCUUGGGUUGGACAAUGAUACAGAGAUGGAGGUAAUAGGCCAAGAGUAUUUUGAUUAUUUAACAUCACGAUCAUUCUUCCAAGAGUUUCAAAAAGACAAAGAUGGGAAUAUCAUAAGCUGCAAGAUGCAUGAUAUAGUUCAUGACUUUGCUCAAUUUCUUAAUAAGAACGAAUAUUGUACUGCAGAAAUCAAUGAGGGCAGUGAAGAGCUAGUCAUAAACACUUCGAAUGAGAAAGUCCGACAUUCGAUGUUAAUGCUUUACAACAUGGCUACCUUUCCCAUCCCCCUUUGCAGCAUCAAAAGUUUGCGGAGUCUCUUCAUUGUUUGUAAAGGUUUCAAGUAUAUGAAGCCUAAUGAUGAUCUACCAAAUCUCUUUGGUGAAUUGACAUGUUUAAGGGCAUUAGACAUUAGUCCAAGAUUGGGACCAUCAAAUUUGAUUACAGUGAUUCCAAAAGAAGUAAAAAAAUUGAUACAUUUGAAAUAUCUGAAUUUGUCUGGAUUGGAUGUGAAAAAACUUCCAGAAACUUUAUGUGAGUUAUACAAUCUACAAACUUUAGAUAUUUCUUUGUGUUUUAUGCUUAAAGAACUGCCUCAAGAGAUGGGGAAGUUGAUAAACUUGAGGCAUUUGAUUAAUCUUGAAACAGGAUCAUUAAGUUACAUGCCCAAGGGAAUUGAGAAAUUAACUUGUCUCCGAACAUUGAGUGAAUUUAUCGAAAAUAGCAACAGCAGUGAUGGUGGUAAAGCAUGUAGUACGCUUGCAUGCCUGAAAGAUUUGAAACAUUUAGGAGGACAACUUUAUAUUAGAGGGCUAGGAAAUGUGACCAAUGUGAGUGAGGUUAAGAGAAUGCAAAUUCUUAGCAAGAAGAAAAACCUCUUCUAUUUAAAGCUACAUUUCGAUAAAGAUGGAGAAAGAGAGAGGAAAAAUGAUGAUGAUGAGUUACUUCUCGAGGCUUUGCAACCGCAUCCAAAUUUGGAGGAGCUAGAUGUAACAGGUUACAGAGGUAGCACUUUUUGUUCUGAUUGGAUCAUGUCAUUAACCAGGCUGAGGGUAUUGCGUCUCUACAGUUGCAAAAAUUGUAUGCAUUUGUCUCCCUUGGGAAAAUUGCCAUCACUUGAAUCACUAAUCAUAGAGGGAAUGAAUGUGAAAAAAAUAGUUACGGGGAUCGAAAGCGAUGGUGAAUUUUCAUCAUCUACAUCAGUUAUUCUCUUUCCCAAGUUGAAAGUUCUUCAAUUCUGGUUUGUUUCCGAAUGGGAAGAGUGUGAAUACGCGAAUACAAUCUUGCCAUGCCUUGAUACUUUGUCAAUCAAUUGCUGUGGAAAAUUACGUGCACUGCCUGAUGCCAUUCUCCAGGGGGCGAAAAAUCUACAACAUUUGGACAUUUAUCAAAGUUAUUCUUUGAAAGAACGAUACAGAAAUGGAACAGGAGAGGACUGGCAAAAGAUCUCCCACAUUCCCAAUAUCAAAUUCACUGAUUCAUAUCUUCAAAGAGACCCACUCCCACUCCGUUGAGUUCUGAAAUGGCUGCAAUUACCAACCAUCAAUCCACAAAGGAGAUGUGCAGAAAUAUUGAGGAUGCGGUUAAAGUUAGUAAUUUAUGGCGGUUGCAGUGUUUUGGUGAAAGGAACAGAGAAGAUAGUUAUGCAAAAAGAAAGUUGGAUUUCACUUGUGUCACUGUUUGUAUGAGUUUCGGUUUGGUUUUGUCCAUUAAGUAGUUUGUUUUUACGGUGCUUGGACAACUUUCUUUGUAUUUGCAUGUAAUGUUUGGUAAAUCGGUAUGUUUGAUUGGAAAUUAGUGUAGAAUGCAAAAUAUAUGUUAUAUGCUAUGAGCUGAACAUAUUGGUAUAUCAUUUGUAAAUAAAUAUAUGUUAUGUUUAGUAUUAUCCUUUUAAUUAAUUUCUU